AGAACUACUAAUUUUGAAAAGAGCCAAAACAAAAUUAAAAUAAUUGUCAGAAAGCUUUUUUUUAUGCAUGGGACAGAAAUUUUCAUUUUGGGAAAUAUAGUAUUACGAUUCUUUUAAAUACACGACAGUCUGAAUAGCGCUAGAAAGUGACUGAGAAGACGUGAAUAAUGCAUAUAACGGGAAAGGAGUGUCGAACUUUUUUGAUUCAGAGAAAAAAUUUGCCUCUUCGCAUAGUUCCUGCAUUUACCUAUCAAGCUCUGCAGAAGAAUACAGUUGUAGAACCACCACCAAAAAUCUAUAUAUACAAGAAACGUCCGGUUAAAGAAACUCUUUUUAAAAUGUAUUUUCGUCGUGGUGACAUACCGGCGGCUAAAAGAAUUAAAGGCAGCGGAAAGGGUACUAAUGGAAGUGUGAAAUGGUUUUGUGACCCAAAAGAACUUGAUUACUGUUAUUAUUUACCAAUUUUUGUGGAUGGUCUCGCUGAUACUGAUAUCGACAUACGCUCAUUAGCACAAGAAGCUGCCAUGGACUUGAUACUAAAAGCUCCACAUAAAAUUUUGCCGGUUCUACCGAAACUAAUUCUUCCUUUCAAGAGAGCAUUUAAUACUAGAGAUAAACGUAUAAUAAUUUCAGCAUUAAAAGUCUUGCAGACUAUGGUUUUGGUUGGACCUUGUGUGGGUCAAGCUCUAGUACCAUACUAUCGUCAACUUUUGGCUGUUUGCAAUUUAUACAAAAAUAUUAAUGUUAAUCUCGGCUCUGGUGUUGAUCCUGAUCGUAGUCGGCGUAUCGGCGAUGUUAUCGAAGAUACAUUAUCUUUGCUGGAAACGUGUGGAGGUCCCAAUGCGUUCAUCAAUAUAAAAUAUAUGAUUCCCACAUACGAAAGUAGCACUCAUCCAAUAUGUGAUCCUUCGGGUGGAAAACUUGCUUCAUAGAUCAUAAAUUCUCAGUAUCGAUAGUACUAUAUAAGAUAUUUUAAGAGAGAGUAUGAGUUAACUCAUUUGUGCAAUUUUUUUUAUAAUGCUAUUUAAUGCUGGCAUAAAUAUUACAUAUUAAUGAACAGUCUUAAGGAAUAUUAUAUUUUGUACAAAUAUUUGAUGCUCUAAUUAAAAUGAUUAAAAAUAUUAAUUAUUAUAUUGAAGAAGA